AUGUGGGCCCAGUCAGGGUUGCAGGAAUAUCUGGCCGCUCGAAAUUCCAGCCUCCCUUGUCUUCCUGCUGUUACAAGCAUCAGCAAAGAGGUUGUGCGCAUACUCGGUGGAAAUCCAGGCAACAUGCAACUGCAAGGAACCAAUACAUAUCUUGUUGGGACUGGCCAAGCACGGAUCUUAAUUGACACAGGGCAGGGAUUUCCAAUCUGGCUCACCAAGCUGGUGGAAUUUCUUGAACAACACGAUUUGAGCAUCUCCCACGUACUUCUGACGCACUGGCAUCCUGAUCACACGGGUGGUCUCCCGGCACUGUUGUCUAAAUACCCGCAUCUGAAAACCGCCGUGAGCAAAGCCUGUCCGGAUCGUGACCAAAAUCCGAUUCACGAUGGACAGGUUUUCACAGCCGAAGGGGCGACAAUAGAAGCCGUGUUCACCCCCGGACAUAGCCUCGAUCAUAUGUGCUUUGUGUUGGAGGAGACUGGCACUAUGUUCACUGGUGACAACAUCCUUGGUCACGGAAACAGUGUUGUUGUUGAGAACCUGGGGAAAUACAUGCGGAGUCUGGAAUUGAUGAAAAACCACAUUCAUACGCAAGAUAUUCAAGUUGGAUAUCCAGGACAUGGCGCUGCAUUGGGAGACAAGAGAGAAAAGGGUCAUGUCGACUUUCUUCUCUACGGGGCUGCUUUAGAUGCAAUGGCGGGACCGUUUAUCGCGCAAGUCUUGUCAAAGCUAGCCGAGGACGGAAAGAUUGGCUUCAUUAUGGUGGACCAGGAAAAGAAAUGGUUUGCGCUAUAA